GGUGAUAUCAUUUUCAACAAUGACUUGUUUUAUCGAUAGCUAUUGUGUAAUUUGUUUCCAGAUUAACUUGUUAAAUCAUGCAAAAUGGUCAUGGUUUAGCAUUUUCCCUCGUUGUUGACUAAAGUAGUUCGAAUUUCGCCUUCAGGCUUUAACUCCAUUUCGAGGAAUACAUUCCUUAAAACGGUAUAACUACGGGUUGUCUUGCACUUCUGCUUCGCGUGAUCUCAUGAUGCGUAUACUGUUCGCUUUUGGUUUCGUGGUUCUUUAAUUCUGUACGUGGAAAUGACAAAACAUUUUUGUGGUGAUUGUGUGUGCCAUUGUAACUGCGUUUCGUGUGGGACAAAGUUCAGUCAAAUGUUGGACUGGAUCGUCGACAAACGGCCUCAGAAACCACCAAAGGACCCUGAAACUAAGAUCUGGUACGAACGAGGCAAUUGCACUCGAUUCGACCUGCUAUUUCCAUUUUUAACUGCUCUGGUGUCUUUGCUAGAUCUAGCAUUGGACUUGAGAGUUGCUGUGGCACACUACAGCCGCGGUGACGUCGCCUGGGCUUUCCUUACCGUUACGUUUGCUUUCGUUUCGCUUGUUUCCAUCGAAAUUGUAUCCGCAAAUUGGUUUCUAGAAGAUCAGAGGAGUUUCAAGAAAGAAAUAUUGAAGAAAAAUGGACUAGAGAUCAAGAAAUGGUUCUACGCCUGUCAUUGUUUUUUCGGCGGGACCCUGUUGAGGUAACCUUUCUCAGUUGUGAAAUAGUUCAUUUGAAAACGUAACGUUAACAUAACGCGGAGUAUAGCUUGCGCAUGAGGUUGUCACCCGGGUGAGAUGUAAGUGUCGAAAAUAAAAAUAAGGGAACAUCGUGUACUUUAAUUUGAUUGUUUACAAUUGCACGAUAUACGCAAUUUCUGUAGAGGCUUGUUGAUUGUACUUUAACCUGUUGUUAACUCGACGAUGAUUUCAGGUUUUCGUUCCACAAUUUGUCAAUCUUUUAUUAUUGUUCCGAAUAACAGGUCAUUAUUUAUUUCCUUAACUCCUAAUAUAUUGUAAACCUUUUAACAAUUCUCGUCUUUCAACAUUCUUACGCCAGUCUGCAACUUUCUUGAUCGCAAAAUGAACAUGAACUCGUCUUCGAUCUAGAGCACAAAUAUAUCUUCCCUGCUCGUGUCACGCAAUUUGGCAAUUUUACUCUCGGACCUACCUCGGACGUAGUAUUAAAAUAAAACGGAAAAGCGGAUUCCGUUUACCCAACACAAACCAACCGCAAGGCAAGUACAGUGUGUAAAUGGCUGCGUGGACUAGCCACGUUCGGUUUCCUUCACUUAUCGUUAAGAUAUAUUAAACACCAACUUUUUUAAGGAAUAAGUAAUUUUAAAAUAUAAAAACGAGAUAUAUCAAAAUAUAAAGUUACUAAGUUAUCGUUUCCAGUGUCUGGUUAUUUCCUAUAAUUGCAUACUGCGUGUAGGCUCCGCACGAAAGCCGGUUUCCUGCCAAGUUCAGACUUCAGGUAGAUAGAUUUAAAAGGGUUGGGAUGACCAGUUGUAGUGUUUAAAAGGGUAAAGAAAUAUGCAAUGGGACCAAAAGGGCUAACGUGCUCAUUUGCGGCUGUGAAAACACCAGCUGACAAGAAAUUUCAGGAACACCCAACGAGACUUUAGUUCAAAACCGCUAAACCAAAGCAUUGUUCACGUAUUUUGGUAUUUAAACGGUAGAUAUAGGCAUAUUUUUAUCCCCUAAAAAUUUUUGAUCUGUUCGGAUUUCCUAGCCGAAAGUCUAGUGAUCCGAAAAUUAUAGGGAUCAAAACUUACCUUUUCGAAAAUUUCAGCCAGAAAAAGGCUCCCGAAAAUUCUAGGUGACCUUUUUAGGGUAAAAAUCCGUUAAAAACAGGCAAUUAUACCAUAUUUUAGAUGUUCGAAAAUCCUAGGAGAAGCAGGCAAGCAAGAAAUUUUACAACACAUGUUCCGAAAAUUCUAGAUCUCAAAUCGUCUUCCGAACAGAUAUUUUUCCGAAAAUUGUCGUUGGGUGCCCCUGAAAUUUACCAUGCGUAGAGAUUUAUUCAUAUUUAAAUGAUGGUGCGCUAUUUACUGCAGUUAGAGGGAUGCAGUUCUUUAAACUUGGAUAUGUGAAAUGUGUACCGAUUUACCACUGAAAUAGAAAGCUUUGAAGAGGAUCUUUGAAACACUGCAGUACAAUGAGGUAGAAUCAGUGAAUAUUUUGUUGAGACAGAGAGUUCCAUUCAUUUGUGGUCUAGGUAGACUUAAAGCACGCAUUCUUUUCUGACUAUUUUAGUAUUAGUGCACUCUAAAUACUAAAUAAGUAUUUCUAAGUACUAAAUACCAAGUAUUCCUCCCUUUUUUCUAACCACGAGAUUUUGACGGCUCAGUUUGAACAUAAGUGUCAAUCUGUUCUUCUUGUUUCUGAAGUAUCCCAUUCUUGUUCUUCAAACACGCGACCUAGAACAGCUUAAAACAUUGGCUGUUUAGUUGUAAUAUUGGGGUAAAAAAACGUGCUGCUUUUCUUUGGACUCUUUCAGGGGGAGAGGGGUUAAGGGGGGGGGUUCAUGUCUUUUUUAUAGUGCGGAUCCGUAGACGCGAUUGCGUAAUGAUUCCAAAUUGGGAAGAACAAUGGACGCAUAUGCAGUUUCUUACAUUUCAGUAAACAAAAGUUUAAGACUCUGCAGAUAUAGCGCUUGAUGGUUAUGUAGUGCGGUUAGUUUAUAAAUGAGUUACAGACUCGUUGUAUUUCAGUACUAAGCUAGUGACCAGGGAUUUGGUUAAAAAAAAAAUAAAUGAGAUGCUCUAAAAAUGUCUUUUCUCCAGAUGCUGUCAGGUUUUCAGGACUGUACGUCUUAUACGAAGUAGAAAAGACGAAUCACUGGGAGAUAAAGAACGAUAUCGCCUUUAUAUUGCUCAGCUUCAGGACACAAGCACUCUGGGAGUGUUAGAAGCAUUCAUGGAGGAGGCUCCACAGGUUUGCUUUAGGGAAUCUAUUACUGUUUAAUAAGAGGUGAACUUAGUUUUGUACAUAAAAUUCUGGUCUCAUUUAGCGUUUGUAUUCAAUGGUUUUGGUUAAGUUAGUAGUUCACACACGACUCAUGUUAAGAUGCAGCUGGGGAAAAAAGAUUAAGUAGAACUGAUAACGAUAUUGACUUACUGCUGGUCGAAUAAAAACCGCGAGAGCCCUUACAAAUAGACCUUGUCACGGUUUUCGACGCCAUCUUGACGAGUAGGCAAACGUGUGAGAAAUUACAGUGUAUGAGAAUCUAAUGUCAAAUGAUUUCCGUAAAACGGCUGUUAUGAAAAAAAUAUGACUUGUAAACUAAAGCUACAAAACCAAGGAUUGUACCUAAAAAUUUUUCUGGGCGUACCUUUGCUUAAAUUUCUCCAGAGGUUUGCUUUAGAUUUUCCAUAUAUUUGUCUCUAAUUUUUCCCUAGAUUUUCUUACGGACAAAUGUAUAGAAAAUUUUAAAAGUGGUUCUAGGUCUUCUAGCGUAUCUAACGCCCUCAAUUUUUUUCAGUAGAUUCCUUAUGAGUGAAGCUUUAGUUUACAAUUCAUAUUUUUUUCAGAACCGCCAUUCUACGGAAAUUAUUAGCUAUUAUUCGACACUAGAUUCUCAUACAAACUGACUGUAAUUUCUCAAGCGUUUGCCUACUCGUCAAGAUGGCGUCGAAAACCGUGACAAGGUCUAUAGUACGAAAACAGAUUCUCUUCUUGAUGCUCUGUUUUGUACCCAGUUAAUUGUGAAGCAUAAAGGAUCAAGGACUGGUUGUACUUCAUUGACUACGCACUGAACUUUUGACCAUAGUAACUGAAGUUCAGUUGCAGCAUCUUAGAUUUCAAGAUUCCUUAAGUCAACUGAUUUGCUCUUGGGAAAUUAAAAUAAAGAGAAGUAGAAAAAGACCUUUCCACAGUUUUUUACCAGUUUUGCCAUGGGCAAGUUAGGGAAAAUCCGUUGACACCACUGGAAAAAGCGCCUUCAAAUUAGUAAAAUAGCGAACUUUCAGGGGCACCCAAUGGAUCUGUUCCUCAAAAUAUCUGUUCUUCUGGCACAUUUUUGCUGGCUGGGAGAUGUGAAAGAAAUAAUAGUCCUUGGAAGGAAAGUGUUGCUAGGAAAAAGAUAAUUCAGGGUGUCAGAGGGCAUUUGAAGUCUAGAAUAGCUGCUACGGGUUACUUGUAUGGGUUACUUACCACUCAAGAUCUGAAUUGUGCCCUAUGAAACUUCCCAGUAAGUCAGGUUGCAGGUUGUAAGGUUGCUGGCUGGGAACUCUUCUAUCAGUCUUGCUGGGAGUGAGGACCAGAUAAUUUUUUUUCCAGCAAUCUCCCAAAAUGCUUAAAAUAGCCUCAGAAAACUUUAUUCACGCUUUGCUGUUGUUUUUAGGUCUUUUUUCUCAAAAUUUCCCGUUGGGUGCCCCUGAACUUUGAAAACUAACGAAAAUAUAGCUCCUCAAAGUCGCGAAAUUUUUCAGACGUUGAACAACAUUGCACGCCCUGCACACACACGAAAGUCUGUAAAUUUUCGUAACUUGAGGGAGCUACGUCUUCACUCCCUUAAGACGUAUCACUUUUAAAUUGAGCAGUUUUACCGCAAUUUCAAGGCGCUCUUUCUUGUGGUGUCGACGGAUUUUCCCUAACUGGUCCAAGUGAAAAGUUGGGGAAAAACUUUGGAAGGGUCUGUUGAGACUUUCUGAGUACAAAGACAUGCCGGGAAAUAGUGUUUCUCGCCGCCCCGUAAUGACCAUUGGGUAUUUGGACGUCCACAUUUUUAGUACUCCUUGGGCCUAUCCAAAAACAACGUUUUUUCCUUUCCAGGUCGCUUUACAACUCUACAUUCUGCUUUGUCGUGAGACUCUAGAUCUGACAUCAUUUGAAGACUUCAUUGUGGCCAUCAGUAUUCCCAAGUCCUUAGCUCUGUUUGCCUUCCACUUGCUCAUCUACGCAAGGUAUAUUCGUCUUGCCGAUGAGGAGAGUCAACAGUUGAACUGGUGCAGUUUAGGAUCUUUGUUCUGUUUUAUAUGGCGUCUUUUUAUGCUUACGUCAAGGAUACUAGCACUCGCCUUGUUUGCUUCUUAUUUCACUCGCUUUCUGUUUGUAGUGGUUGCAAUUCAUUUUGUAGCUUCGUGUGCUCUGCUUUGGAGACAGGAAUGCGAAUACUUUGAGGGUGAAAUGGUAAAACAGACAUUCUUUAGAUGUGCUAUUGCAUACGUCCAUGUUUUUUGCUUCUUUCCAUUAGAAGGCAAGAACACUCGACGGUGGGGAUAUCCCUAUUAUCUAUUAAUUCUAAUUGAAAACGCCAUUAUGGUUAUCUGGUGGACGUUUGUAACAGAUUACGGACCCAAGUUCCGUGUGGCGAUGUUGUUAACAGAAUGGGUUACGUUCUUUAUUGGAUUGAUUGCCCUCAUUUUAUUUUACCGAUUCUUUCAUCCUACAUUAAACUCAACUGAAGUAGAAACCGAUAAAACAGAUGGCGUAGUUAGACCAGACUCCAGGCUUAAGAUUAUUUAUAAAAGAGUGCAAUGGGAAAGGAAAGAUAAGGAUAACAAUGAGCCAAAUAUGAGAAAAAACAAUAUUACUUUUAAUGUGGCUAUUGAUCUACAGGGGGAGAUACAACACUGA